GUGACGCGAUGUUUACGAUCCUGAUGGUGGACGGCUGAUGCUAAGUAUCGAGGAAGAGAAAGCUGCAUUUACAGCACAUAUUACGACCACUUCACUCACUAAUGGCCUCUCAGAUCCCCAUUACCGUUCGGGCUCCGCCUGCAGCCGCCAGCUCCGCCGCUCUCCGGGGGAAGAAACGUCCCGGUAGUCCGGCGGUUUGUGCCGCUCCGCCGGCUACCGGGAGCAGCAACAGCGGCAAGAAGAAGAAAGGACAGCCGACAGCGACACAGACAACACCGGCACAGAUAACAGGAGUGGAGGCGGUGGCUGAGGUGAAAGCGGUGGGAACAGCUGACAGCGCUGCGACUGCCACCACAGAGUCCACAGCAAAGCCUCCACCAUUCAAAGACCCCACAUUUAUGCAUUCGGGGAUUGGUGGAGCAGCAGCAGGUAAAAAGAACAGGACCUGGAAGAAUCUCAAACAGAUUCUGGCUUUGGAGCGGACUUUACCCUGGAAGCUCAAUGACCCCAACUACUACAACAUUGAUGCCCUUCCCUCCUUGAAGCCAACCAAGAAAUACUCUGACAUUUCUGGACUCCCUGCAAACUACACGGACCCUCAGACAAAGCUACGCUUCACAUCCUCUGAGGAGUUCUCCUACAUCCGCCUCCUCCCCACUGAUGUUGUUACUGGCUACCUUGCCCUUCGAAAGGCAACUUGCAUCGUACCCUGACAGCAAGGCUUGAAACCUGAAACAGGUUCAAACCAGAACUGAACUCAGUGUAGGAAUGCGUUGGGUCUGCCAGGAGACGCAGAGCACAGGCUGCUCACAGAGAGGCAACACAUUUGUGAACGCCAGUGAAGAGACAACAGCUGGAGCUGUUGGCCGGGCUCUGCUAAACAUUUGCUUUGCUGUCUUUAAGAAGACAAUCUGAGUCAACUAGUCUCAGAUUUUUUACUAUGUACAACUUAUAUCAAAGAGUCUUCAUUCAAAAGUCAGCAAUAAGAUAUUCUUUUGCUUAUUUGUUCAAAUACAUUUCUCAGUAUCCUUGAUGACAUUUUUCCAUUAAGUGUGCCUAUAAACUCUGGGGAAUGUUUGGCAACUUGACAUGGAUGUGCUCCUGCUAAAUCCUCUGGGGAACAUACAGUUGUUUGUCAACUGUUCAAUACAGGCAUUGCUGCUAGGAUGCCCCCUUGUGGUCUUACAUCUGUUUCCAAUGGUGUAAAUAAGAGAAGUUGUGGAUAAAAUGUUAGUGCUGUUGAAGUGAGUUUGUCCAUUUCAGUCAGUUUCUUUUAAUAAGGAGCCCAUUAAAGCUAACUUUAACUUGGUAUUAAACUCUCAUUUUCUGUUCUUUCUCAUAUGUUGUUUUAUAUAAACAUACAGUUUCUCAGUUGAAAGUGAAGUCAGAAACAAAAUUGCUGGCUGAAUAUGUAAUUACACUUGUUGGACAUUGACAUUAAAAACCCCUUUUGACAACAAGUACAACAAAUAUCCUCACCUGCUACUGUACUUAGCUGUUUUCGGAUCUUCUGUUAUAUGCAGUAGCCUUUAUAUGUAAGCUGUGCAAAUGUAACACCAAGCAGACUUUCACAUGUGUCAGAAUUUGAUCCACAUGGUUUUAAUUCCACAGCUGCCUUUGAUAUAUGAUUUACUCUCUGAUUGGUAGAGGGAGGAUGUCUCAUUAAUCACACAUGACGGGCAUCCAGGAUCAGUUCCAUGGUAUAUUUUAUGCUAUUUUUUUCACAAACUUGAUAAAUGAGGACCAGCGUAUUUCUCAUGUGAAUGAUUCCCAUUAUGCAGAAACUAAGAAUACUGCCACCAGAACAGUCAAUGAGGAUCACGAGCUUGUGAAAAUUACAAAAGCUCUAAUGAGUAAUAAUCAAACCUGCAACCUCCGCAAGUCCUUACCUGUCGAGAUGGGAAGAUACACGUGCCAUUCUUCAGCUUCUGCAUGUCUUUCUUGAUGUGCUGUAAACACACACUGCCCAGUAUUCUCUGUUAGCAAUAGGUCAGCUGUGUGUGUUACCCUUUAAGGAUACUGAAGUGGUCUUAUUAGCAACAAAUCUGGAAGAAUCUGAAUACGGCAACAAUAAAUUGAUCCUACAGAAUAAGUACUAAUUACUCCCUGUGCUGCUUUAGACUUGUAUACUGUACAGGGUAUUUCUAUGUGCCAUGAGAUCCCAUUUCCCAAAAGCUAUGAAAACCCUUAAAUGAAUGACACUGUUGCACUGGGUGGCAGAAAUACAUAAGUAUUAGUAUUUUCAGCAAAUGACCAGUCUUCCUCUGAGUGUUAACUUCUCCCAACCCUGGACUUUAGGGAAGCUGAUGGAGGCAGUAUAGUAUAUCUAUGAGAGUCAGACUAGCAUUUCCAUUCCUGCUGUGGCAUCAAAACCUCAACAUAGUGAUUAAUGAACGGUGCCAAGGCUUUCUGCUACCCAAGCACAC